AUGGAUCCAACACAGACGCCUGGGAGCGACCAUCUCAAGAUCUCCGUUGCCGCACCCCCGCUAUGGACUUAUAUAGCCGGGGACACGAUCAUCGGCAGCGUGAAUGGCUGCUCACAUAUCGGUGCAUCUGAUGCCAUGGUCUCCCUUGCAUUAGUAGGCCAAGCAAAAACGCUCAUCGAAAGAGAGGGUUGCAACGUCACAAAUAAAUACUACGGUGUGUGGGAGCUUUUUGAGUUCGCGCCACAGAUCCUACAUCGGGGGCCCAUUCACAUACCCGAGGCCAACAGCUCAGAGAAGAUCAACAUACCUUUUUCAAUUAAUAUUCCCGAAACGGCUUCAUUAUCAGCCUUUCGAGACCACGGACAAGCGGAGAGUUUCAUUCCACUUCAUGCAGGCUUUAUCGCACAGCACCCGUUACCAGGUACUUUCUCAUCGGAAUGGUCCGGAGCAAAGUUGUGCAUCGAUUAUCAUCUCCGAGCUCAACUGCAAUAUAAACGCCAUGGUUCAUGGCAGGUUCAACGCGCCACAGCUCCUAUCACACUAGGACACCCGACAGUAGACCCGAGCACUAUAUGCUUUGCGCUUCAGCGGAGAUCUAUCGCGUGUAGGGUACGUGGCCAUGACCUACGUCCAUCGAUGCAGAGCGAGAAGCUGUCUUUGACGCAAAAAGCACAGAGAAUGUUUCGCUCAUCGAGAACGCUUGGGCUCUCCUUUGCUGUCGAUAUGCUUAUGCCACUCCAUAUUCAGCUUGAUAACCCAGCACCAAUCCCGCUAAUUCUCAGGGUUGUCCCUCAGCAAAAUGGGAGUAGUGGUGUUAUCAAGGAUGCUGUGCAGCCUGUCAAAAUCAAUUGGAUGAGGUUGAGCAUUUUAUCCCAAGUCGAGAUCGUCUGCAAACCAGAGGGUUCGGGCUGUUGCAAGAUAGCCAAAGACGAGAAUGUCUUUACCCAGCCUUUAGGGUUGAAGAGAGUGUUUUCGGAGCGCAAAGAACCCAUCGUUACCGUUUCUGGACCGCGCGACCAACAAAUUAAUAUUGGGAGUAUACUCCACCUUGUUCUUAGUCAUGAUGGUCUCAGAAGUGGUGACGAGCGGCUCAGCCGGUCCGUUAGCAUUCAGCCGAGUUUUGUCACGUUCAAUAUCAGACUGAGUCACAAGUUAAUAUGGGAAAUGUCUCUUGAUAUUGCUGGAGAGACGAGGACAUUGUCGGCUGAAGCAGGGGUCAUAAUACAUAAUAGUGCUACGCGAUUAUGA